AUGGUUGUAUGGGACUCUGAGCUAGAUAUGCGGCAUAGGCCCUUCAGCACUGUCUGCCAGGCUGCUCCAUCAGUCAUCAUCACUGGCGGAGGUGCAGCCGGGCUGACAGCAGCAUACUUUGCAGCCCUGCAAGGAGCAGAGGUCACCGUGCUUGAGCGAACCCGGGAGGCUGGCAAGAAGAUCCUCAUCUCUGGCGGAGCCCGAUGCAAUGUGCUGCCCAUGGAGGUGGACGUGCAGAGGGACUUUGUCACGGAGUCCAGCCCCUCAGCCCUGCGCGCCAUCUUCGCCUCCUGGUCCCUGGAAGACUGCAAGCACUGGCUGGAGGAUAACAUAGGGCUGGCGCUGGCGACAGAGCAGGAGAACAUGAAAUACUUUCCGGCCUCAAACUCUUCGAGGGAGGUCCGGGACCGGCUGGUUGCGGCCUGCACCAGCCGAGGAGUGCGCAUCCUGUGCAAGGCCAGCGUGGAAGGCCUGAGCAGGCAACCUGGUGGCGGCUGGCGCUGCUCGCUCGCGGACGGCUCACACCACGACGCCGACAGCAUCGUGGUGGCGACGGGCGGGCUGAGCUUUCCAAAGAUGGGCACAGACGGCACGGGGCACCGCAUAGUCGGGGCGCUCGGCCACUCGCUGAAGCCUGUCUACCCAGCGUUGACUCCGCUCAAGGGGCGCCAUCCCGCCGGCAGCCAGCUGGCAGGCCUGUCGCUGUACGAUGUGGAUCUGCAGUGCUCGGCGGCCGCCGCGGCCGCCAAGGGGAAGAAGAAGGGGCAGCGAGCGCAGCGCAGCGCAUUCCUGUUCACGCACCGCGGCUACAGCGGACCCAGCGUCCUCGACCUCUCACACUCCGUCACCCGGGCGCUUGAACGCGGCACGCCACUGCCAAGGCUGAGCGCGAAUUGGCUGGGCGACAGCCGCGCUGACUGGGACGCCCGCCUGGCGGCCGGGCCGGGCUCCUCCAGCGUUCCCUCCCUCCUGCGCAAACAUGGCGUGCCGCAGCGGCUCGCCGAGGCUUUAUGCGCCGAGGCCGGCGUCUCGGACCGGCGAGUCGCAGAGCUGCGCAAAACAGAGCGCGCUGCUCUGCUGGAGAGUUUGACCGAAUACCCGUUGGACUAUGACGGACAUGAGGGGUAUGCCAAGGCAGAAGUUACAGGAGGGGGCAUCCCCUUGUCAGAGGUGGACUGCAGCACGAUGGAGAGCCGCGUGCUGCCGGGGGUGCAUCUCUGCGGAGAGAUCCUGGACGUCUUUGGGCGUAUCGGGGGCUUCAAUUUCUACUGGGCAUGGCUGACUGGACGCCUGGCUGGCAUGCAUGCAGUGCGCAGCGUGGACCAAUAA